AUGCAUAGAUUCAUGCACCAUGUGAAAAAUAUAUUACAACUUUUUAUAUUAUUGGAUUUACUCUUACUGUCCAGGGGUCAGUUUCAAGGUCAAGCACCGGGUAGCGCUGGUUUAUUUCGUAAUGGAGCGGAACCCCUGAGAGACGGGGCCUCACUGCCACUGUUUAACAACGCUGGUAAUGUGGGGACGAAUAGGGAAAAUGACGAAGAAGGCGAUAGUAUCGCCGAGGGAUCCUCUAGAAAUCCAAUUCCAAAGAACAAUUUAUCCGGCAGGAGGAAGGGUGUGUGUAGAGAUGGCUGGAAGCUAGCGGAAAUGAAUAAUGUUCCCAUUUGUAUAUAUAUUAAUCAUAAAGCACUGUCUUGGGACGAUGCAAAAGAUACAUGCCGGCAAGAUUUCGGAUUUCUGUUAAAAGCCGAAGCUCCUGUAUAUGUCGAUUCUAAAAGUAUUGGUGAAUAUCUCCGUCGGCAAGAGAUCAUGAAUAUAUGGACGGGUCUGCACGAAGAAGACGGUACUCUUGUGUGGGAUGAGCUUGCGCCGCACAAAGUCAGGCCAUAUAAUGACUUCAUGGAAUCCAGACUUAAAGCAGACCGCACCUGGGACUGGGAAAUCGACGACGAUACAGAUGAUAGCGACAUAUGUGGAGAUCUGGAUCUCAGUAGAUUGCAGCUACCACUUGAAGAGGAAAUUUUACAUCAUCGGCGUAAACGUAGCACAAUGAAUGAAAAAGUUAGAAUUCGAAAAAGACGAAAUCCCGAAGACAAUCUCCAUCCUGAAAUGGCAUUUUCUCAACACUUAACAGAAACUCUCACACAAAGUCCAGUGGAAACGAUGUUUCCAAACACGGAAAGGUCCUCUUUUAGACCAUUAAGGCAAUACGGCAGCGACGGGAUAAGCAAUAACAUACCAACAAAUUCUGAAAACAAUGAAAGGACCAAGCCUUUUCAGGAUCUUGCUUUUUUGAAGGAUAUUCAACCGAAAGAAGGCACCAAACCUCCACAUUCAGAACAGCAGCAGCAACACAACUUGUAUGGUCAAAACUCCGAAUGGCAAUCUCAAUCUGAAUUAGGUGAAGGGGAUGGUGUUCCUAAUCCGGUUCUUUCUGAAAUAGUAGCCAAAAAACCAAUUCAUGUAACACAAAUCAGUAAGCCUGAGAUAGGUAUUGAACAGCAACAAUCAGAAGGACAAACACUUGUGGAAUCCGGGCACUGGAACUCAAACGUUGAGAAUAAUCCGUCUUCUAGCGUACCGACCCCUGGUUUACAAGAUUCGGGAAAGAACCUGGAAGACAUAACGCCACCGCCUAAUGAAGAUGGAGAUAAUGAUCCAACUGCACCAACAACGAUUGCGUCUCAGAUACAUACAAUCGAAAAUAAUGAAAUAAAUUUGGAUAUCCCAACUUCUAAACCUCUUCAUCAGGACGGUGGUUUAGAUUUUGUGUCAUCGAAAAAAGAUUCUAAUAUAGAAACUCCAGAGUUGAAUCAUCAAAUGUUUGUAGAAAAAGAGACACGACUACAAGAGGCUGUUCUAAGCUCAGAUUCGGAAAAUGUACCCCAAACACAUGAUCUAACAGAUGACAGUAUUAGGACACUAUCAGUUACAAAGCCGUCGGUCGAUUCAAAAGACGAACUGUCUAUGCCACCAUCCCCAGAAAAUACUGACCAAGAUAUCAAUUUGGACCUUAUGAAAGAUGUGGAAAUGGUGUCCUCCCAAACGACACCAUCGAUUCAAUCAUCCCAGAUGAAAAAUCCCUCACAGCGUGAAAGUGAUUCUGAUAAAAUUGAACCUUCGUUUUCAUUUAUCCCUACUGUUCCAACAUCUGAGGACGUGACACCUCUCAGUAGUGACACUGACAUUCCUACGACAAAUUCCAAUUUUGAUGAUAUCACAACACGAGGAACAGUAGGUGUUACAAAAGAGGCCACAACAGUUAUAACUGGCGCGACUCAAAACAGUAUACCAGCUUUAGGUGAUAUCAAAACAGCACCCUCUGUGAGGAGAGUUCCAAUGAGGGAACCACCAACUACUAUCAGUGACGACAGCGGUGAAUUUAUAGACGUCGACACCAUACUCAAGGGAACUCAGGCACGAACAACUACUGCUAACCCAAGUUUCGAUUUCACAUCCCCGGAUCAGUUUAUCAACAAUUUAGGUAUAAUAGGGAACACGGUUCACAAAUCAAACAAAUCUGAAUUGUCAAAUACAUCCGGUCAAAAUAUAGUAACAAGUUCCGAGUACUUGAAAACAACUGAAGAUGACUCUAAUGCGUCAGAUGAUAUUACAGUAGGUGAAAAACGUUCUGAUGACACUAGUAGCAAAGAUAGUAAAGAUUCAGAGGAUGACACCAAUGACAGUGAUUCUAAUAGUGGGAGUGAUGAUAAAGAUGAAAAUAUCAAAGCAGCUUUCAAUGAUACAGACGAAAGUUAUCCAUUGAAUAGCCGUGAAAUGGCCAGCGUUUUACUUUCAAAUCACAGUGACGAGAAUCAUGAUGGCAGAGAUUCAGGUUCAAACGGUAUCGAAAAUGACAGCUAUGAAGAGGCAAAUUUGGCAAAUUUUGGUAAAACGGGCAAUACAACCGAAUUUAAUUAUAACAGCAAUGAAUUUGACGAAAUUAAAACAGCUCCAAGCUCUACCAAUAGCAGUUUUAAUAAGGUAAUUAAAGAUGCGACAGAAUAUGACAAAAAUGGGGGCGAAAUGCUGGAAAACGAUGACACAGAAAAUGGGACUGAAGUUGAAAGAUCUGAUACUAUUGAUACGAAUGGUGAUGGUGGUGACGACGUUAGUAUCGAAAAUGAUGACAGUAUGACGUCAAACACAACUUUGAUUUCGUCGUCAAAAGAAAACAUAAAUGAGAAUACAGAAAAUGAUGACAAAUCGGAUGAUGAAAAUGAGAAUAACAUCGGAAGUUCGAGUAAUGAAAUUAAAACCAAUACCACAUCCGAAGAUGACGAAAAAGACGAUGAAAAUUUAAAGGAUCAUAACAGUGAUGUUAGCAACGAUAAUUUGAGUAAUGAAAACAAAGAAAAUACUUCAAGUGAUGACAAUGAUGAUGAAGGAGACAGUUCGAAUAACAAAAGCAAAGAGAACACAAUCACUGAUGACAAUGAUGAUGGCAAAAACGGGUCGGCUGAUGAAAACGCAGAGAGAACUACACUUCAUGAUAAUGAUGAUAACAGAGAAAAUUCGAAUAAAGAAAGCAUGGAGGAUAGUACAGAAGAUGCCAAUGAAGAUGACGGACACAGUUCGAACAAUGAAAGCAUAGAGAAUACUUCAGGAGAUGACAGUGAUGAUGACAGACACAGUUCGAAUAAUGAAAGCGUAGAGAAUAUUAAAAUAGAUGACGAUGACGAUGGUGGGAACAGUUCGAAUAAUGAAAGCACAGAGAAUACUACAGGAGAUGACAAUGAUGAUGACGGACACAGUUCGAAAAAUGAAAGCGUAGAGAAUACUACAGGAGAUGACAACGAUGAUGACGGACAAAGUUCGAAUAAUGAAAGCGUAGAGAAUAUUACAGGAGAUGAAAAUGACGAUGGUGGGAACAGUUCGAAUAAUGAAAGCACAGAGAAUACUACAGGAGAUGAUAAUGAUGAUGACAAUGAUGAUGACGGACAAAGUUCGAAUAAUGAAAGCGUAGAGAAUAUAACAGGAGAUGACAAUGACGAUGGUGGGAACAGUUCGAAUAAUGAAAGCACAGAGAAUACUACAGAAGAUGACAAUGAUGAUGACGGACACAGUUCGAAUAAUGAAAGCACAGAGAAUACUACAGAAGAUGACAAUGAUGAUGACAAUGAUAAUGACGGACACAGUUCGAAUAAUGAAAGCACAGAGAAUACUACAGAAGAUGACAAUGAUGAUGACAAUGAUAAUGACGGACACAGUUCGAAUAAUGAAAGCAUAGAAAAUACUACAGGUGAUGACAAUGAUGAUGACAAAAACAGUGUAAAUAAUGAAAUUAUCGAGAAUAUUCUUGAUAGUGAUAAUGAUGAUGACACGGAAAACUCUACAGGUGAUGGCAAUGAUAAUGACAGAGAAAGUUCCGAUAAUGAAAAUAUGGAGAAUACUACUAGUGGCGAAAUUGAUGAUGAUAGACACGGUUCGGAUAACGAACGCAUCGAGAAUACUUCUAAUGAUGACAAUGACGAUGACGGUGACAGCUCAAAUACUGAAAACGUACACAAAACUAUAAGCGAUGACAAUGAUAAUGACAGCCACGAUUCGGAUGAUGAAAAUGUACAUGAUACAAUUGAUGACGAUGAUGACGGAGACAGUUCGAAUAAUAAAAACGUAGCGAAACGUACAAGUGAUGACGAUGAUGAUGACAGAGACAAUGCUGAAAGCACAGAAAAUAUCACAAACGAUGAUAGAGAAUCUAACGAUGACAAUUCAAGCAAUGAAGAAGACGACGACAGAGUGACGUCAAUACCAAUCGAUUUAGACUUAAUGGAAAGUAUACAAGAGGCUGAUGAAAGCAACACUGAAUCAUCAGAAAAUAUAGAUAAAACUUCUGAAAAUAACGAUGAGUUAUUUGAUGAUGACAUACUAGACGAAAACAGCGAUAUGUUUGAUGAGACUGACGAGACUGUUGAUGAUAGCAAUGAAAUUGAUAGUGUUGUAAUACCGACAGCCUUAGUUGGAAGAAACCUGAGAAAAGAUGACAUAGAGGGAAGUGAAAUGACACUGCGUACAUUUGUCGUAGAAGAAGGGUCAGAUGAUAUAGACGAUGACCUACGCAGAAACUUUGCAGAAAAAGAUUCAGGACUGAGAAUCCAUCAACAUUUAGAUUCAUUUGAGGAAAUAGAGGAAUUCGUACCUCCCGCAGACAAAAGAGAACAUAUUCCACACUCUGAUCAUCAACAUAAGCAAAGAAAACCUCUAAGCAUGAAGUUAUCCCAGUGCAGAAUCCGUAAACCAUCCGUUUGCUACAGUCCACCGAUUAUAUUGGAGGAUACGGCAUCUUCCUGUCCUCCUGGAUGGUAUGGUCAUAUUUUCUCUAAGAAGUGUUACAAGGUUAUCGUCUCUAGAAUGCCUUUCACUGAAGCAAGGCAACGCUGUAAGAACGAAGGAGGGAUACUGGCUACCAUGGGAAACAGUAAUUUUCACGCCCAAUUAGUGUUAAUGAGCAUAUUGAAAUCUCAAACAAAAGGCUUCGUUGUCGGGCCAUCGAGUUUGUUUUGGGUACAAAGGUUACCGCCUACUGAACAAUGUCAUGCUCUAACCGUGAACGGGUAUAUGGAAGCAUCAUGCAAUAGCCCGGCUGAAGUUGUUUGCGAAAGAGACGCAUUAAUAACUGUAAAGCAAGACGACGAUGAUGAUGACGAAGAAGACGAUACUGAAGAUGAUGAGAGAAGUCACGAACCAGAGCGAGUUUAUUUUUCGUCUAAGAGCGAUAAUAGCAAGCUGUCGUGUAGGCUAACAAAUAAAAACAGAGAACUGCCUACUGUUUGGUUCAAAGAUGGGAAAAUCGUCGACAUUAAACUGGAACGAAGAUCUCCUAGUUUGGUGUCUUUACUUGGGGUGAUGGGAAGACCACUCACACCCCUUCCGGAACCAGCGUUAACGACUUCUAAUUCUUUGGAACUGGGCCCAAUGUUCCGGAAAACUUUGGAGUAUUCAAGCAGCCAGAAACUCACCAACGAAAUGUUCCAAGGCAACUACUGGUGUGAAGUAUGGGAAAUGAAUCCCUUCAAUAGACGUCGUUCAAGGUCCUACUCCGUGAAAUACUCAGAUGUUAUCACAUUCCGAGGAACCAUUGAGAUGCCUAAUUUGUCACAUAAAGGAAUACUUCUGCACAACAUGAUCAACCAACAAAACGCCAAGCUCUCUAACAUCAUGAAAGACAUAAACUACAUUAAUGCUAAGAUUUUACCUGUUCUACAACAAAAUAUUCCCGCCAUACAGAGUGUCGUAACUUAUGGAAGCAAAAUAGAAGAGACACAGCCAUUAAAACUAGGGUACUACACGUUCCUUAAGACGGCCGAUAACUACACUAUGGCGGAAGAAAACAUGGCGUAUUUGGUUCUGAGGAAAGAGUUACGAGAAACAAAGAAGAAUACAAAAAUCUUACUGACAUUGCCUGGGAAAACACCUAUCCACAUAAUGCGGUCAAUUGACUUAACCAGCACAGUGGCCUGCCCGUUAGAUCGUCUAAAAGAUGAAGAAACAGGCCUGGUUGCAACUUUCCCUCGGUCCUCCAUUGAUACUGAAGUUAACAGUAUCGAAAUAUGUGAGGGUUCUGUAGCUGGACGUGCUUCAUGUAAAGGUGAUUACGAUACGGGAGCUUAUUGGACAAACGUCGCUGUCACCAAAACAUGUAACAACGAAAGCCACGCCCAACCAGAGGAAGCGGUGGAGGAGGAAGAGGAAGAUGAGGAGGAAGAGGGAAUAUUUGAGAGCAUGACACUUGAAGACAGAUUAAAGGAACUUGCGGAGAUGGACAUGGAAGAUAACAACGUAGAAGGUAUAAUGCAGGAAACAGCUAGUAUCGUUGAAAAAGUUGAAGAGAUGACAGCUGUUGAUGUUGACUACAUUGCUGAUAUUAUGGACAAAACGGUCAAUGUUCACAAGAUCACAAAAGAGGUCGGUAUGAACGUACUAAAGACAAUGGAUAAAGUAAUGAGUAUUGAUGAAGGCGAAAUUGAGAAGGCCAAUGAUGUUUCUAAAGCAUCCAAGAGAAUCCUUAAAAGUUUCGAGAAGGUUGCGGAAAAUAUUUACUUGGAGGACGACGGUAAGCUCCGUAUAGUUAAGCCAAAUGUUGCUCUGGAAGUAUGGGAACUUAACAAGAUGAAGGUGCCGAUCAUCGGUCUGGCGGCGCGUCAAGGCAAGGAUGGAAGAUUAGACGAAGUUUUCGACGAAGACAGAAUCUUCACAGUUUACAAUACGUCCCAGCUGUAUGGAGAUAUUGAUGCAGCCAUUGAACUGCCUUCCGAGCUCAUCGCCUCUGAAAUGUUUGAUGGCAAAGGUAUCAAAGACGAUACAAGAUUAUACAUGAUGGUGUAUAGGGAUGGAAGACUCUUCCAGGAUAAUUCCAAAGGAGGAAGCAAAAUCGAUGUCACAAGGGAUCUUCGACUUGGGGUUUUGAACAGUUACAUUAUUUCCGCCAGUAUCAGUGGUAAACAUAUCAAAGGGCUGACGCACAAAGUGAAAACAGUCUUUAAGCCACUACAGUCCCCGGCAAAUGAUGAACGUAAAUGUGCAUUUUGGGACUUCGACCUUAACAACAAAGUUGGUGGUUGGUCAACUGCUGGUUGCGUAUAUAACGGUCAAGUGAAUGGACGAGACGUCUGCUUGUGUGACCAUCUGACUAACUUUGCUGUUUUAAUUGAUUUCUAUGGACAAGCUGAACCAGUGGAUCGUGAUCACGAAUUUUCCCUCAGCAUUAUCUCCCUUGUGGGACUCAGUCUGUCCAUCCUUGGAUUGUCUCUUACCAUAAUUUCAUACGUAUUUUUUAGAAAACUCCGACAAGGUCGUGCGCAGCAGACACUUUUCAAUCUUGCCCUAGCCAUGUUGUGUUCUUGGGUAGUGUUCCUCACUGGGAUCAGGCAGACCCAUAACUUCAUUGGAUGUAUCAUCGUCGCUGUUCUUCUUCACUAUUUUAUCUUAUCCUCGUUCAUGUGGAUGUUGAUGGAGGCCUUCCUCCAAUACCUGACCUUUGUCAAGGUCCUUGGAACUUACGUCACGAGAUAUACUUUGAAAACUGUCAUCAUCGCUUGGGGAUUGCCUUUAAUACCCAUUAUCGUAGUCUUGAGUCUUGACCCCAACCUCUAUCGUGGAGGUGACAGAUACUGUUGGAUGUCUUUAGAAGCGUUCUACUUCGCGUUUGCCUUACCAGUCGGUGUGAUAAUCUUGUGUAACCUGGUGGUGUUCAUACUUACCGUUACCAGUAUAUGUCGCCGGCCGACAGGUCUACGAAGUAACCAGUCAAAACAGAAAAUCGCCAUUACUAAUCUACAGGCCGCCAUUACCAGCUUUGUAUUACUUGGUCUGACGUGGUUGUUGGGAUACCUUGCUAUAGCAGAUGCCCGUGUGGUCUUUCAGUACGCAUUUACAAUUCUCAAUUCCUUACAAGGAUUCUUCAUUUUCGUUCUGUUUGUCGCCCGAAAGAAACAGGUUCGUGAUCAAUGGUUGAUUGUAUGUUGCUGCAAAGAUCCCAAGAUGGAAAAGGCUUUAAGGUCUCUCUCAGCUUCGGCUUCCAUUCCGAGCACUUGCAGUGGAAGGAGUUCCGGUAGCUACAGCGGAAGGAGUGAUAGGUCUGACUCCACGCGAACGACAAGCAGUUUCGUCAAUAAUGAUUAUGAGACAAUUUAUACCGUUCCGUACUCGAAACAUUCACGAGAGUCCCUGUAUUACAGAAAAGUAUAA